CGCGCCGCUGUGCAGACCAACUCGAUGUGCAUCUAGGCGGCGACAUUGUUUUGACAAAAAUGGAAAAUAAACAAUCCAAGAUACCACGAAAGAUCCCUCAAGUCAAACCUUCGAAAUAUGAAGCGUCUGAGGCGAUACACACCAAUAAGAAAUAUUGGACUAAAGUUUUUUCUGAGUUAGAUGUAUGUAAACUGUCGCCGGAGAAAGAAAGCCAAAGACUCUCAGAAGUUUUGCCAAAAAAUCUUUACAAAAGAGUAUGUGAUAUUUUGGAAAUGCCUGAAGUAGAACCACAGCACGAAGAAAGCCUAGAAAUUAAAGAACAUAUUAUUCGGAGAAUAAUAAAAGAACCAUUGCUGUCUUCUAGAAAGAGUUUGUACGUAAAUAGAGAGCUAGAAUCGGACACCGAUGUUGAAUAUCCGAGUGACGAGGAAAGCGAGGGGGAAUUCAAACCAAACAUUCAUCAACAGUUUCUUAGUAAGCCGGAGCGGGAACAGGUCACGUGGGCCACCCGUUACCUGCAGCCUGAGAAGGAAGAAGAAAAGAGUUUGAUCCGGAAAGCCGACGACCUCACAGACCGGAUAGCAAAUGAAUUUUGCGAGUACAUGAAGCAAUUGGGAGGCAACCAACAGUCGCAGCUGUUCAAGCCAAAAGCUAUAAAAGAGCUGUUUCAAAUUGAGUUCGACACUCAUGUUGCUCGUAGUUUGAAAGUAGUGACAAAGGAAUUGCCCUGCGUAGAAGAUCGAAUUGCCGCUGCUGUGGGAGAGCCAGAGAAAUCAGAAUACGCGGCAGUGGAAAGGCAGAUAACAAGAGACAUCAAGGAGGAGGAGAGGCCGGACGCGUACAUGGCAUUCGGUCACAGCUUCGCAAGGCACGAUCAGUGGCGAGCGCCACGGAACAACACCAAGGCGCUGUGGAGGUCUGCCCGACACGUGCCGAAGGAUCUCGUCACUUUGAAGACUGUUUGGGAGGGCAUCACUAAUUUGAGGAGUGUCCGAGAGUACUGUCGCUGGAUGAUCGAGCACCCAGAGUACCGGCGCGCGCCAUACCUCACCAGUCUGGGCAUGUUCGACCCAGCCGUGCUGGAGGCGAGGCAGACCUUUGAAGCAGGGUCACGAUGGCAACCCGUAGCAGACCCCAACUCUCCAGCUCCCGUCGAAAAUAUACGGAAACGUCUGUCGGAGCUGGCCCAGUGACCAUCAAUUUAAAGAUUUUGGCAUCAAUUUAAAGUUUAAUGUGAUUUUUUAAUAUAUCAAUUAACUAGCCAGAAGCGGUCUGGCGUUGUUGCAAAUAAAUAAAUUCUGAUUUGUUUUUUA